ACAGCAACACCGAGCGGGCCGGCGGCCUUCCCCUUCGCCUCGCCACUCUCUCUUGUUUUGCCACCUCGACCCCCCACCCCCGGUGCCCACUCGGCCACUCCCAACUCCCAAGUCCCAACUCGCAGCGCAGCUGGUCCUUUCCAUUUGGUAUGACUCCCCGCCCCCGCGCGCGAACCUGCCGCACCGCCCUGUUUUCCUUUCUCCCCUGCCCCCGCGUUCCCAUUCCGCACCCGCACCCGCGCGCCGCGGCAGCUUAGGGAAAGCUUGCUUUGCUGCGAGCCCUGCCCUACCACGCUGCACGGUGCCGGGGCCGCACGGCACACCCUCCAUCCUGACCUGCGCUGGGCGCGAGCGCGUUGUUACUUGAGCGGGAGCUCGCCAGCUCGGGUUCUUCAGUCCAUAGCUCAGCUCAGUAGGUUGAUGACCGGCAGCGGAGGCGACGGCCAGUCCGCCCUGCCCAAGGCAGCCUCACGUAGAGCGAGCGAGCCGUCUCAACGCCGGCAAUGAGGGUGUACAUCACGGCGACGGCGACCGCGACCGCGGGCGACGGCGACGCGACGACGAAGCCCAAGGCGCCGCAGCCGCGGACACAGCAGCAGCAAGCGGCGCGGCGUGGGUGCCGCUCGGCUGCAGUGACGGGGCUCCUCGCGGGGCUGCUCCUCUUCCGCGCCGCGCUCCUCGCCAUCGAAGCCGGUGCCUCUCUCUGCCCUUCCACGACCGGGUGCCUGGACUGGCGGGCGGGGCUGGGGCGCUGGCUCUACGGCGACGGCGGCGACGCGACGGAGGAAUUCAUGAAGGAAUGGCGGCGUCACAGGGAAGAAGCCACCCUGCUGGACCCUGUGGUGGUGGAAGCGGCGCCGGACUCCCUAGACGCGCUCAUGGCGGAGAUGGCCACCAUGCUGGCGUCCUACGACCGGCGGAUUGACAUGGAAGCCGUGGCGAUCAAGAUGAUGGCCAUGCUGUUGAAGAUGGAUCGGAAGGUAAAGUCCUCAAGGAUCCGGGCUCUGUUCAACCGGCACCUGGCGUCGCUGGGCGUCCCCAAGAGCGUGCACUGCCUCACCCUGCGUCUCGCCGAGGAGUUCGCGGUAAACUCCGCGGCGCGCUCCCCGGUGCCGCCGCCGGAGCACGCCCCGCGCCUGACUGACGCCUCGUGCCUCCACGUCGCGCUCGUGACCGACAACGUGCUCGCGGCCGCCGUCGCGGUGGCCUCCGCCGUGCGCAGCGCCGACGACCCUGCCAGGCUGGUGUUCCACGUGGUCACGGACAAGAAGAGCUACGUGCCCAUGCACUCGUGGUUCGCGCUGCACCCGGUGUCGCCCGCGGUCGUCGAGGUCAAGGGACUCCACCAGUUUGACUGGCGCGACGCCGGCGUCGUCGCCUCCAUCAUGAGGACGGUCGAGGAGGUUCAGAGGAGCUCGCUGGAUUAUCACCAAUGUGAUGGAUUUGGAUCAGCGGAGAGGGAGCACAGACGGCUCGAGGCAUCCAGACCGAGCACGUUCUCGCUCCUCAACUAUCUCAAGAUCCAUCUCCCGGAGUUCUUCCCUGAGCUUGGUAGGGUGAUGCUUUUGGACGACGACGUCGUGGUACGCAAGGACUUGGCCGGGCUGUGGGAGCAGGACCUUGACGGGAACAUCAUCGGCGCGGUCGGCGCUCACGAAGGCAGCGGCGUCUGCGUCGACAAGACCUUUGGCGACCACCUGAAUUUCUCGGACCCCGACGUGUCCGGCCUGCAUAGCUCGCAAUGCGCGUGGUCGUGGGGCGUCAACAUCGUCGACCUCGACGCCUGGCGACGAACAAACGUCACCGAGACAUACCAGUUCUGGCUACAAAAGAACCGGGAGUCGGGCUUCAGGCUGUGGCAGAUGGCCUCGCUGCCGCCGGCGCUGAUCGCGGUCGACGGGCGCGUUCAGGCGAUCGAGCCGCAGUGGAAUCUGCCGGGCCUUGGUUGGCGCGUGCCGCACCCCGACCUUGUGCGGUCCUCCGCCGUUCUGCACUUCAGUGGGCCGCGGAAGCCAUGGCUGGAGGUCGCGUUCCCGGAGCUACGGCAGCUGUGGCUCGCCCACUUGAACGCAUCAGACAGUUUCUUACAAGGAUGUGGUGUGGUCGAAUGGCAGUAAACGAGGGAACAGCGGAGUAUCGAGUUGGGAGGAGAAGUACAGUAAUUUGGUUCAGGUCUUCAGGAAUCAGGAUCAGGAAUUUACCGGGGGGCAGAGCUGGGGUUCUGGGGGAGGGAAGUAGGUGUUGCCUGCAGUCUCUCUUGGCCUUCAGGCUCUACACACAAUCGACAUAUUCAUAUACUAGUAAAAGUCAGUGUGACACUAGAAGUCUAGAACUGCUUGUAAUCUUUCUUAGAUAAAGGGAAUAUAACAUUCCCACCUCCAACGUUGGCAAAUAAAAUGAGUAUAGCUAUUUAGAACAGAA